UUCUUCCCUUCCAUACCACAGAAGUGAAUAUUACUAUUACUAACACUAUUCUUCAGCCACACGCUCUCUAUCCAUCUAUUAUAAAAUCUACCCUCAUCUUACCUUCUCUUCUACAUUUGCAGCAACAACACAUUUAAUCAUCUUCGUUCUUCAUAAUAAUAAUAAUGCACAAGAGCGCUUCAGGUUCCACGUUGGGCCCGGGCGGCCUGGACCUAACCCAGGCCUUCUUCAGGCCCAUAACCAACGCGGCUCCUCCCUCUCCGACCAAGCGCCACAACAAGAUCUCCGUGAUCGGCGCCGGCAACGUGGGAAUGGCCAUAGCGCAGACCAUCCUCACUCAGGACCUCACCGACGAGCUCGUCCUCGUCGACACCAACACCGACAAGCUCCGCGGCGAGAUGCUUGACCUCCAGCACGCCGCCGCCUUCCUCCCCCGCACCAAGAUCAACUCCUCCGCCGAUUCCUCCGUCACCGCCGGCUCCGACCUCUGCAUCGUCACCGCCGGCGCCCGCCAGAUAGUCGGCGAGUCACGCCUCAACCUCCUCCAGAGGAACCUCUCCCUCUUCCGCGCCAUCAUUCCGCCUCUCGUCCGUUACUCCCCCGACACCAUUCUCCUCAUCGUUUCCAACCCCGUCGACAUUCUCACCUACGUCGCUUGGAAACUCUCUGGUUUCCCCUCCAACCGCGUCAUCGGCUCCGGCACCAACUUGGACUCUUCCCGCUUUCGUUUCCUCAUCGCCGAUCAUCUCGACCUCAACGCUCAGGACGUACAGGCAUAUAUAGUAGGGGAGCAUGGGGAUAGUUCGGUGGCGUUGUGGUCUAGCAUUAGCAUAGGGGGUGUUCCGGUUCUGAGCUUUUUGGAGAGCCAACACAUUGGGUAUGAGAAAGAGACGUUGGAGAACAUACACAAGUCAGUGAUAGAUGGUGCCUAUGAAGUGAUCAGGCUGAAAGGGUACACUUCAUGGGCCAUUGGGUACUCUGUGGCUAACUUGGCACGGUCCUUCAUCAGGGACCAGAGGAAGAUCCACCCUGUGUCUGUUCUGGCUAAGGGCUUUUACGGGAUCGAUGGAGAAGUGUUCCUGAGUUUGCCUGCACUUGUUGGUAGAGGAGGGGUUCUGAGUGUGACCAAUGUGCACUUGAAUGAAGAGGAGACACAGAGGCUUAAGGACUCUGCCAAGACCAUCCACGAGGUGCAGACUCAAUUGGGUAUUUGAAUUUUCUGUGAUGGUCACGUGGAUAUCCGGUUACUGCUUUUUUGUCCUUAAGUUUUCUUUUGUUCUUCUCCCCAUGAUGAUAUGGUUUGACCUAAAUUAUUAGUACUUGCUGCUGUUAGUGUUAGUCCCUGCCCCCUUCUGGCAGUGCAAGUGUUUUUGUUGCGUCAAGUGCUGACCCGUGUCUUGUGAGAUGUGUUUUGCUUCCUCUAUGAUUUUAAUUGGCCAAGUAAAAAUUCAUUUUUAUAUACUUGCCAGGUUUUGUGCCUCAA